AUGGAUUCAGAUUCCAGCUCCACCACCUCCCAGAAGAGCAAGCAGGAAAUUCACAGGAGGUCUGCUCGGCUCUGCAACACCAAGUACAAGUCUGCUCCAGCUGCUGAGAAGAAAGUUUCCACUAAAGGAAAAGGGAGAAGACAUAUUUUUAAAUUAAAAAACCCCAUCAAAGCGCCUGAGUCAGUUUCCACCAUAAUCACUGCAGAAUCAAUCUUCUACAAGGGGGUAUAUUACCAAAUUGGAGAUGUUGUUUCUGUGAUUGAUGAGCAAGAUGGAAAAUCCUACUAUGCUCAGAUCCGGGGUUUUAUCCAGGACCAGUACUGUGAGAAGAGCGCAGCACUGACGUGGCUCAUCCCCACUCUUUCUAGCCCCACGGACCGAUUCGAUCCUGCAUCCUACAUCGUAGGACCAGAGGAGGAUCUUCCCAGGAAGAUGGGAUACUUGGAGUUUGUUUAUCAUGCAUUCUCUGAAUAUUUCAAGUCACUUUCAUCACCAUUUCCCACAAUUCCCACCAGACCAGAAAAGGGCUAUAUAUGGACUCAUGUUGGACCUACUCCUGCAAUAACUAUUAAGGAAACAGUUGCCAACCAUUUGUAGUUUAAAAAGUAAAACUGGAUUUCCAGUUAUUGUCUAUUCAUAUUACUACAAGAUAUGCCACAUGUUCAUUUAAUGAAAUUCUUAGAUGGAAAAAUGACUAAAAAGUUUUUCCCUACCACAUAGUAAUCAUUAGUUUAUUUAUUACUAGUCACUUGGAAAACAAAAAAGGAUAGAAAAGAAUUAAAUAUAUUUUGAAGUUAAAUGUUACAGUCUGCAUGGGUAUCUUCCCAAGGAGACCAUUAGAAACAGUGUCUAUUUUUUAUCCAUAAUUUAUUUAUAGAAACUCAUAAAAUGGAUUGUAUUUUUCUAUAAGGACAAAAUAUGAAUUAAGGUUUGGAUUU